AUGGCGUUCGCCCUUGUCAAGGUGCAGUGGGCGAAGAUGGACGCCGUCAAGCUCACAACCGAGGGACCGCCCACGGGCAAGGAGCACUGCACGCCCGAGCGCUGGAUCCGGCAUGCCGCGGAGGUCACCUUGGCGCGGUCUGGACGACGACGACGGCAGGAGGGCGUCGUCCUUCCUACUGGCGCACCUAGCUGGCGGCCAUGUCCUGCUCGAGGAGGUAGGCUAUCUAGCUCAAGCACGGCCACGACGACCCACCUCGGCAGAUGUCCUUGGAGAAGAUGGCCAUUGGAGUGUAGGGGAGGAACAACCUUGUCUUGCUCGAGGAGGAGGACCACCCGAUCUCGACGAUGGCACGGCAACAGAAGUGGCCUCCACCGUAUAGGCACUUCGGACGUGACAUCCGAAGCCGCCGAAACCAACUCCUCCCCCGCCACCGAGGACGACGAGAAGGAGGAGGAAAGCAACUGUCCCCCCGAGGGGGGAAGGAAGAAAAGGGCGGCCUCCACUGAUCUGGAGGCAGAGGCGUCCAAGAAAGGGAGGGUCUUCCUCGCGGACAACAAUGCGUUGGACGCUGAUAGCAGCUUCGAGUGGCGCCCCAGGGAGAAGUCCCUGGCCGAAUCUCCGGCCCACGCCCGCCCCCAGCGAUCCUUAUCUUCGGGGAAUUCGCUCGAUCCGAAUGUGAUGGACAGCGGGUCACUUCCGGCGGCCUCCUCUCCGAAGGCCGCGGACGACGCCGAGGUGCUGUCCCGAAGGACCUUCCCAGGCCAGGGAGAGGUAUAGGAGGCCUUCAGGGUGGCGCCAGAGGGCGAUACCCCAGCCGCCGGACACACGGGGGAGCAAAUCCCUGGCGAUGGGGGCCAUAUCCAAUUCGGCCCCUAGCCAAAUACUAUUCUGGAGGCCCAUACGGCACCGGAAUCAUGCAACCAGCCUCCUUCAAAAGGAGGUGCACCUAUUCCACCGGUGACCUCUGUCCAUCCGGAGGCGCCGGAUACUAUACUGUAAGCGCUGCAAAGUGCUUCCAUUGUUGAGGAACACCGUAUCCUCCUGGGUACGGUGGUUGAUAGGGUUCUGUACGCUAAGAGCGGACUGACCGAAGCCUACACCAGCCUUCUAAUAGGCUUUGAGGUA